CCCGACCCAUUAACCUGCCUAAGUGGGUAGCCCACAGCCAGGGCAAAAUUGUAAAUUAGGUGCGCGGAGGAAAGUUUUGCGCCCGUAUGGGGGAAUUAGGGCUAAAAUAUUCACAGAUAUUUACCUAUCUUCAAGGAAACCUAGCCUCCUCUCCUGCUUCUCCAAGCCGCUCGAACUUCAGUCACAGCUGAAGACCGCUAGCACAAUGGUGAAGUACUCUAGAGAGCCAGACAAUCAUACCAAGUCCUGCAAAGCCAGAGGCUCCGAUCUAAGGGUUCAUUUCAAGAACACUAGGGAAACAGCUCAUGCUCUCAGGAAGAUGCCUUUAGUGAAGGCUAAAAGGUAUUUGGAGGAUGUUUUGGCACACAAGCAAGCCAUCCCCUUCACUCGUUUCUGCCGUGGUGUGGGACGAACUGCACAGGCAAAGAACAGACACCCUAAUGGACAAGGACGUUGGCCUGCAAAAUCCGCGAAGUUUAUUCUUGAUUUGCUCAAGAAUGCUGAAAGCAAUGCUGAGGUGAAAGGAUUAGAUGUAGAUUCCCUAUUCAUUUCCCACAUUCAAGUGAACCAAGCACAGAAGCAAAGGCGCCGCACAUACCGUGCUCAUGGGAGAAUUAACCCAUAUAUGUCAUCUCCCUGCCACAUUGAAUUGAUCUUGUCUGAAAAGGAAGAGCCUGUCAAGAAAGAGCCCGAAUCUCAGCUGGCAACCAGCAAAUCUGGAAAGGCUUAGUCAUGCAGUCAUACAAAAGAGGAGUUGGAGUUUCCAGAGCAUUUUACAUUUUUGCUCCAUUUUGUGUGCAAUCCAUUCGUACUAGUUUCUUACAUGGAUCUUGUGUCCAACAUUUAUUAUGCAUUGUUUUUGUUUUUGAAGAACCUUUUCAUUAUUAGUUUGAUAAAUGACAUUGCUUUUUUGGGGUUCACU